AUGGGUUCCAUCGCCAAUGGCACGCAUCGCAUCGUCGAACCCGUCAUUGACGUCCCCGUCGUGAUUGUUGGUGGCGGUGGUUGCGGCCUUACAACGUCGAUUUUCUUGUCUGAUCAUGGGGUGGAGCACUUUUUGUUUGAGAAACACCCGGGAACAUCGCGACUCCCCCGGGCCCACUAUAUCAACCAGCGGUCCAUGGAGGUUUUCCGCCAGCACAAUGUUGCCGAACAUAUCAAAGCCACCAGCUGUCCCACCGGGAACCUGAGUCGCACCGAUUGGCGUACCCCGCCUGGAGGUAAUGGUCCAUUUGACAACCGCCUCUUGGCGACGAUGCCGGCUUUUGGCGGCCAACUCGGCACACCGGAGGGUGAAACUUACCGAAAAGAUGGGCCAGAGUUGUCGACUAACUUGCCCUUAAUUCGUUUGGAACCAGUAUUCCGGCAGGUGGCGGAGGAACGUAACCCGGGACGGAUUCUCUUCAGCCAUUCGGUCCAACAUAUUAGUGAGCAAAGCGAUGGUGUCAUUGUGACCGUUAAGGCGUCCGACGGGUCAAUCGCAACAUACCGGGCCCAGUACCUCAUUGGGGCAGAUGGUGGAAAGCUUGUCGGCCCCCAGAUGGGUGUUGAGAUGGAAGGGCCGGCUAACAUCGUCAAAUUUGCAAGCGCGUAUGUCCGGGCGGAUUUGUCCAAGUAUUGUGGUGAUGGCACGUUGAUCACGCACUAUGUGAAUCCCGACCCCGAGGGAGAGUUUGAUCAUGGCACGCUGAUCAAAAUGGGUCCAACCUGGAAUCGGCACUCCGAAGAAUGGGUCUUCCAUUAUGACUACCCUGUCAGCGACAGAACGUACACCGCGGAGGAUCUGCUGCCCCAGAUCCGACAACUGCUCAAGGCUCCAGAACUUGAAGUUGAAAUUCUGGAGGUCAGCCACUGGAUCCUGGAGCGACGACUGGCCACGAAAUAUAGCCAAGGUCGUCUGUUUAUCGCCGGAGAUGCUGCCCACCGGCGUCCACCAUUAACCGGGUUGGGCUUAAACACCGCGAUAGAAGAUGCCCAUAAUUUGACCUGGAAGCUGGCGCUUGUUCUUCAUGGCCGUGCAAAACCACCCUUGCUCGACACGUACGAUGCUGAGCGCCGCCCAAUUGGUCGACGUAAUUGCGAUUGGGCCUACCAUGCCUAUAACAACACUUUUGUCCUCAAUGCUGCACUGGGUUUGGCUCCCGGACAAAGAGCUAACAACCAAGAACGCUUGUCACGCCUCUUUGAGGACUCUCCUCAAGGAGAGACUGCUCGGUAUCAUUUGCAACGCGUAUUUAAUACUCAAGAUGUCGAAUUUUCCGCACAUAAUAUCGAGUUAGGUUUCGUAUACUCUAGUGGAGCUGUAGUGCCAGACGGCACUACUGCUCCGAGAGAGGAUCCAGGAGGUAAGAUUUAUGUGCCGACCACGCGACCUGGGCACCGCUUGCCACACGCCUGGAUCGAACGGGGUGGCAAGACUAUCUCAACGCACGACCUCAUCGGCUCAGGUAAGCAGCAUGAUUUGGUCUUGAUCACAGAUGAAGCGGGCAAUGAGUGGAUCAAGGCAGCAGAUGCCCUGACCAAAAAGUAUGGCCUCCGUAUUGGAACUGCGGCCAUCGGGGCGCAUCCUCAGUCAACCCAUUCCGAUCUAUACCAGAACUGUGACGGCGUCUGGGCCAAGGUCCGGGGAAUCACUGAUGGUGGGGCGAUCCUUGUGCGACCCGAUAACUUUGUUAUUUGGCGGAGCCUCGGUCCUUCCAUGAGCAACUACACGGAUCUGGAACGUGAUCUGAAAAAGGUGUUUAUUUAA